AACUAAAGGGAAUUGUCCUCAUUGUUUACCACUUGUGGCUCUAGGCUUUAUCAAUGUAAAUUGCUAACAGUAGCAACUAAAUAAGAUAUUCUCUACUCAAUAACUGCACAAAUGGUCAUCUUCGAUCGUGUACUGAGCUCCAGGAUAGAAAGCCGGCAGAAUUCUGUUUUGGAUAGAUAAUAGACGUUGAAAACAUCAUUUUUCAGCCCAAGGUCUUUCUAAUUCAGUUGCCUUAUAAGUAUCCACAAUGUAUUCACCUUAACUAAUGUAUCUUGUCAAAGAAUUGACCAUACUCCUCCUCGCUCCGCUGAAGUUCCAAGACCAGGCUCACCUCCUCUGGGGAACUUCUCCAGGCCCCUCUGAGUUGCACUGGCGUUCCCUUGCCCCAGUGUGUGGACAGCACCACACGCCCUCCAGACCAGCAACGGCUCUUGCAUAUACUUUCCAGUGUUUUUGUCAGAGAGUCCGACAGAGCCCUAGCUCCUCCAGAGCUGGCCCAGAACCGAGUGACGAGAGCCCAGCAGACAUGGUGAAAAUGACCAAGUCCAAAACUUUCCAAGCUUAUCUGCCACACUGUCACCGAACUUACAGCUGCAUCCACUGCAGAGCCCAUCUGGCCAAUCACGAUGAGCUUAUCUCCAAGUCCUUUCAGGGAAGCCAGGGGCGAGCCUACCUCUUCAACUCUGUGGUGAAUGUGGGCUGUGGCCCCGCUGAGGAGAGAGUCCUUCUAACCGGGCUGCAUGCAGUGGCCGACAUCUACUGUGAGAACUGCAAGACCACACUCGGGUGGAAAUACGAACAUGCCUUUGAGAGCAGUCAGAAAUACAAGGAAGGAAAAUUUAUUAUUGAACUUGCCCACAUGAUCAAAGACAACGGCUGGUAAAGUGAAGCGGUCCACUCCUGUUUGAAUCCUAUUUUAUGAAAGCUGAGUGUACAGAAGACCUAGCUUCUUGGUGACAAUGCUUCUUGAACUUAACCUCACAGGCCAGCCCAGUCUCAACACUUGAAGGUGUCUCUCUAGGCUAUCCACUUGGUAAGGUGCCCAUUUGAAUCCCUGUCGUGUACAAUGCGUUUUUGGAAGUCUGAGUUCUUUUUCUAACAUCUUAAGUUCUAGAGAAAGAAUUGACCAGCUGGUGACUCACCUGCCUAGUGAAUACUUUCUUUUACCCUACGCCUGCAAUGCCUGGCUGUGUUCUCACCAAGCCCAAGUCCCUAAAAGCAGAGAAGCAAGGUCUCCUCACAAGCAAAGGCAUAGUUACCAGAAGUAAAGCAUGUCUCCAAAAACUGAAACCAGCCACUGGUAACAUGGAAGAGAAGCUAGGAAGCAAGCAUUCAGUGUACAUCUUAAGCAAAUAGGGAGGUUCCUGAUGUAGAAGGCGAGUGACUUACUGGUGGCUGAACGCUCUGUCCCAGGGCUACCCAAGUCUGCCACUGAGCUGACUCCCUUGGUGCUGCGGCAGCACAGCGGCUCAGAAUGUAGGGCUGGUCCCUGCCACAGAGCAACAGGCUGGGUUUCACUUUAUACCCUGGAUGUACUUGAAAUAGUUAUGCAUACAGAGGCCAGAGCCAGUACGGGAAACUGCAAAACAUGAGAGUUUUCCAAGGUAAAGGAAGAGUUAGCUUAGUAUGGGAGCUACCUUUUCUGCCUGGAAUCACCUCAUGACCUGACAAGGGAGGAUCUGGGCCAUCCCCCAAGCCCAGGCUCUCAGAUUUUAAGUCACAACACAUCAUACUCUAUAAGGAGUGGCCAAUUUGCAGAGAGGAUGGAGGCCAGAACCAUUCCCAGAUAAGUUUCAUUGUUUUGUACCCUCCCCAGGGCAGAAGGGCAGGCAGUAGGCCUGUGAAGGCUGAGAGCCCUUGAGCUGCAAAGGCAGCAUUACAGGAAAGCGCUUAGCACCGGCUGCUCUAGAGCUGCCUGGGUGUGGUAGUCAAAAAGCAGUUUCUAUCUAGACCUUUGGGCUCCAGCCCCAGACCUGCUAAACCCACAUCCUCUGGCCAGCACAGGCACUCGCUACUCCUCUUCACUUCAAAACCUACAUUUUGGUGCCAUUUCUUUGCCCAAGAUUGGAAGGCUGGUAAUACAGGAAAUGCCUGCGCAAUGCUGGUCCUAGCCCAAGCUGCUUUUUCCCCAGCUACUUCCAGUUUCCCUCUAGACUAAGGCUGGCAAAGCAAAGUGACUCUACCAGUAAGGUAAGUGCUGAAACUCAGCACAAGCAGCCGUGUGACCUUGGCAAGGCUCAGGGCCAUCCUUAUCUAGGAAUGAACACUGGUCAACAGUCUGCUCAAACUGGACAUGCCCGCCUGGCUAGUUUUUAAUACUUUUCAGAGUGGGAACUUGGUGGCUGAGGCAUGGGCGGCUUUCCCCAGUGGGAAGGCGGCAAGGGAGACAGACCCGAGUACGUCCUUAUAGAUGCCUCAGUAAAGCUGAAGAGUCUUGGAGAAGUCUUCUGUAUAUACUAAGAUUAUAUUUAGACUUUAUGCUCUGGGCAUGCUAUCUGCCCCUCAACUGAGCACUCUGUAUUAUCUUUUGUGAGAGCUCUGACUGGAACGUUUUUGCUAGUACUCUAUAUGACUUACCUGUAUUGGGGAGUAAUGGAUAUAAACAAACCAUUUAUCAAGGUUUUUUUGGAUUUUGCGUUGGCCUUCUGUGAAAUAUAAACCAAAAGAACUGACCAUGAGCUGGCUUCAGGGUAAGUGAUGCAAGACCACAACCAGGCAUGCUGGUAAACCACUGAAUGUCUCACCUCCUUACAUUUGUAAACAGCACCAUUCUGUGACUAUUUUAAAGAGGUUUCCUCAGAACAGUGGGAGGUGAUACCAGGUCAUGAACGCCACUUUGCUUUAGAAAUGUGGUUUAUUUCCUUGUUGUCUUGUUACUGUAUACAUAGUAUUUUUAUACCUUAAUGCUUAUUCUUGAUGGCAUCUGUCAGGUAUUUGAAGAGAUCAGAAAUGAGAUUUUUUUUCCCCUCAAAAGUCCUUUAUUUUCUGAUGAGCUCAUCAGGCAGUUUUCAAAAUCCAAGUGUCUUUACUGUCUAAAACACUACCAUUUAAGCUAUAGACAACCGACCCAUGGAAAUGCAAGCCCUGGUGGUCUGUCCUCUGUGCUGGAGGACAGGAGAGGACACAGCUGCCUGCCCUGGGGACAGGUGUCGGCUGCUGAGCAAGGCUGACUGCAGUGCUGUGGAACCCACAGGGAGUUCACCAAGAACAGCAGGACCAGCAAGCUCGAGCAAACAGAGCGCCUUGGCCUCCCUGUCUCCUAGCCAAAGCUGUCAGCCCUCUGUGGCGUGUCUGUGGGAGGUAUAAAAUAAAGCUCCUGUCGUCACACA